CGAGGCGAAGUUUGCUCCCCAUCCCACAAAUAGAGAAAGGUCUUUAAGCAUAAUCUUUGGUUGUACACGUUCUUUCUCAAAACUCACUGUUUCUUUGUUUUUCGUCUUUUGAUACCUUGCUUUGUUUAUUCCUCCAAACCCCCCUAAUGGCUUCCAUGUCUUCUCUCCUUGUAUAGAGAGAAAGACACAGAGACACAGAGAUCAGAAGAAGAUAGUUUCAUCCAUUUGGUUUAAAGAGAUAUAGAGUAUAGAAGAUCCAGGAAACGUAAAGAGAAAUAAUAAAUAUGCUGCAGAGAGCUGCGAGCAAUGCAUAUUCAUGGUGGUGGGCAAGCCACAUCAGGACCAAGCAAUCAAAAUGGCUGGAGCAAAACCUUCAAGAUAUGGAGGAAAAGGUGCACAGCGUGCUCAAACUCAUCGAAGAGGAUGGAGACUCCUUUGCCAAGAGAGCAGAAAUGUACUACAAAAAGAGGCCAGAGCUCAUUCACUUUGUGGAAGAAUCAUACCGAGCUUAUCGAGCUUUAGCUGAACGGUAUGAUCACAUUUCAACAGAGCUACAAAAUGCCAACACCACCAUUGCUUCUGUUUUCCCAGAACAGGUUCAAUUCGCAAUGGACGAAGAAGACGAAGAAGGCACACCUAAAUUACCAAGAAAGCGUACGGAAGCCCUAAAAUCAAAAAUUCCGAUGGUUCCAAAUGUUCCAACUAAGGAUUUUAAGAAUGCCAUAACAUCACCUAGGAAGAAAUUCCAACCCAAAAAGACAGCCAAAACUACAGCUACUACUGCAGUUGUCAAAUCUGGUUUGAGCAAACCUGACGCGCUUGAAGAGAUUUGCAAGCUUCAGAAACAAAUUCUGGCACUGCAAACUGAGAAAGAGUUUGUAAAGAGCUCUUAUGAGAAUGGGCUUGGAAAAUACUGGGAAAUUGAGAAGCAAAUUAAGGAAAUGCAAGAGAGAGUUUUUAGUUUGCAAGAGGAAUACAGUGAGGGCAUGGUCAUUGAAGAUGAUGAGGCUCGAAGAUUGAUGGCAGCAGCAGCUUUAAAAUCAUGCCAAGACACAUUGGUCCAGUUGCAGGAGAAACAGGAGAGAUCGGCUGAUGAAGCAAGAGUUGAGUCUCACAAGAUUAAGGAUUGCAGGGAGAAGUUUGAACAUCUCAAGAUUGAGUUUCAUUAUAAUCAGGUCAGUCAAGGAAAACCACAUGCCGGAGAUAGAUCUAAGAAUAUGGUAGAAGAGUCGACAAGCUUAGACCAACAAGUCGGCGGCAUGACUCAAGGGAGAGAAGAUCUGGAAUUGUUACGUGAGAAGAUCAAGGAACAGUUUGAGGUUGGGUCCAAUGCAUCUCUUACUGUGACAGAGAUGGUGGAGAAGAUAGAUGAGAUUGUAAAUAAAGUGAUUAGCUUAGAAACUGCGGUUACAUCACAGACUGCUCUUGUAAAUAGAUUGAGAUCAGAGACAGAUGAGCUUCAAGCACAGAUUCGAACAUUGGAAGAUGACAAGGCAACUCUGAUCGAUGGAUCAAACAAUUUGAGCAACAAGAUAAAAGAAAUGGAGGAAAAGUUUCAUGCAGCACAGGAUCUAAGCCAGAGUUUUGAAAACAAGAAUAACAAUCUCCGAACACAUUUCACUGAGGCACGUUGUAAUCUUGAUCACCUGUCUGAGAAGCUGCAAAGUGUGAAUCCAGAUGAGGAACUUGAGCUUGCAGCUCAAACACAAAGAGAAAAGGAAUCUCUCGGUGAAGCCAAAUUACCAGAACAGUUCGAAGUACAAGAAGAUGCAUUGAAUCCUGAUGAGGGUUCGAAGAAACUGCAGAAUUUAAAGGCAGAUGAGGAGCUUGAGCUUGCAGCUCAAUCACAAAGAGAAAUGGAAUCUCUCGGUGAAGCCAAAUUGCCAGAAGAAUUCAAAGUACAAGAAGAUGCAUUGAAUCGUGAUGAGGGUUCGAAGAAACUGCAGAAUUUGAAGGCAGAUGAGGAGCUUGAGCUUGCAGCUCAAUCACAAAGAGAAAUGGAAUCUCUCGGUGAAGCCAAAUUGCCAGAAGAAUUCAAAGUACAAGAAGAUGCAUUGAAUCGUGAUGAGGGUUCGAAGAAACUGCAGAAUUUAAAGGCAGGUGAAGAGCCUGAGCUUCCUGGUCAACCACAAACAGAAGAGGAAUCUCUCGGUAAGGUCAAAUUGUCAGAAGAGUUCGAAACACAAGAGGAUGCAUUGAAUCGUGACGAUGGUUUGAAGAAACUGCCAGAUUUGAAGGCAGAUGACGAGCUUGGCAUUACAGGUUCAUUUCAAAAGGAAGAGGGAUUUCCAGCAGAAAGCAUAUCACAAAACAAGUUAACAGAACAAAGUGAUACAUUGAAUCCUGGCAAGGAUAUUGCAAAAGCUAACAAUGAGCUCAAUACUUCUGCUGUAAAUGCAGAUUUUUGUCAAUCCCAGACAAAUCAUGAUCCUGACAGUUCAUCAGAGAAAGGUCAGAUCCUGAUAUCACUGGACAUAGAUGAUAAUCAUACUUCAUUACAGACAGUGGAUCAUCUUCUCAAUGUUGAACCAAAGGAACAGGAAUCAUUACAGACCGUGAAUCAUCUUCCCAAUGUUGAACCAAAGGAACCGAAACCAGUUCAAGAAGAUGAGCCAGACUGGAAGCAAUUGUUCUUGAAUGGAUUGGAGGAUAGAGAAAAAGUUCUACUGAGUGAGUACACCACAAGUCUCCGCAAUUACAAGGAUGUCAAGAAAAAGCUUUCUGAUAUGGAGAAGAAAACUCUGGAUAGCAAUUUUGACAUGUCAGUGCAGCUAAAAGAACUGAAGAGUGCUAAUGCGAUGAAGGAUGAAGAGAACAAAUCAUUACGUCAGAAAAUAAACCUGCUGAUGAAAUGCUUGGAUGAAAGCAAGGAUUUGAGAGACUGUGAAGGCUCAAAACUGAGAGACUCUGAAGGCUCAAAACUCCAGCAGACCUCGAAUUUAUUGGAUCAUCUAAAAUUUGAAUCUAAAGCAGGAACUGAGACCUUUAUAACACAGGCUACAGAGAAAGACGACAUCCAGGCAAUUCUACUUGUCCAACCUGAAACAAUGUCGGCAAUUGAAGAAAAACUCCGAAUGAGCAUUGACGAACUGCUUGAGGAAAACUUGGGUUUUUGGUUAAAAUUCAGCACAGCAUUCCAUCAGAUACAGAAAUUCGAAAGUGGAGUCAAGGAUUUACAGGGUGAAAUAGUGAAGCUUGUGGACAAAACAAAGAAGCUAGAGGGAAGUAGUACUGGAAAACAUUCUCUGAAGUCAGAUGCAAGACCAAUAUACAAGUACCUGAGAGAAAUACAGACUGAACUAACUGUCUGGCUAGAGCAAGGCGCAUUACUGAAAGAUGAAUUACAGAUCAGAUUCACCUCUUUGUGCAACAUCCAAGAAGAAAUAAUGACAGCUUUAAAGGAGAGUGCUGAAGAAGACGAAUUCAAGUUUACAAGCUAUCAGGCUGCAAAGUUCCAAGGUGAGGUUUUGAACAUGAUACAAGAGAAUAACAAGGUUGCAGAUGAAUUACAAGCAGGUUUGGAUCAUGUGACAACACUCCAAAUUGAAGUUGAGAAGACACUGAUAAAAUUGAACGAGGAAUUCAUGCUUUCCGGAUCGAAGAAGCAGCAGAAUCCUCAGCUGAGACACACAGAGGGUCACACCCGCGUUCCUUUGCGCUCAUUUAUCUUUGGUGGAAGACCAAAGAAACAAAAGCCAUCAAUCUUUUUCUGCAUGAGCCCAGCAAUGGAUAGGAAGUUUCAUGGUUCAAGGUCAGGACACAACAUGUAAAUUGUUAUAACUCAUUUGCUCAUAUCCAUUUUUAUGCCCUUUUCUUUUCUUUAUCAUUAUUUUGACAAUAGAUAAAGGAUUUCAUUUGUUCUAGUUUUGGGUUUGAACCUGUAAAAGUACAUUUGCUAUGUACUUCAGAUGUUCGUGUUUUGUUACCAUCAAAACAGCAUGGAAUUUCCUCUGAAGUUUGCGUUAGGCUUUUAAGAAAGAUGCUAAGGAUUGAUUGCAGGAACA